GAUGAUUUUUGUACUAUUAUAACCAUUCUUUUUUAGCUCAAACUGGCACAUUGAACGCGACGGAACAUUUGAAAAAUAUCCCGGCAAAUAUCGAUCGGUACGAAAUAAGCUAUAACACGACAGGUCAAGGGAUAAAUUGCAAGAUUUUAUAUUCCUUUCUUACUUGUGAGGCUAACAACGAUAUUGAGAGACCCAGGAAUUUAAGUCAUUAUUGGAAUCAAAAUGUUGAAAAUUUAAAAAUACCAGAAGUCGUGGCCGAAAGAACAAGAUUUCAAAUGGAUGUUUUUCCAUUUGAUGUUAAUACAACAAUUAGCAGCAGAAUAAUAUCCCAAACAAACGGCAAACGGGAUUACGACAGAACAACGGAACCAUACACUAUUUUCGUGCCAAAUAAUGAAACCCGCAAAUUCGACACAGAAAAAAUCUAUUAUUCUCAAUCUGAUCGAAAGCCAUUCGAAUGUACAAAUAACGGAACGUAUAAAAACGUACAGAUAGGAUUAAUGUGGCAAAAUCGAGUAAAGACGUUGCAAUUUCAAAAAAUUUCAACUGAUGAUUUUACAAAUGGAAUGAUCUUUUUUUGUGUGGCGUACAAAAUAACUACGGACGAUAAGCAAACGAUCGUAGAACGUCAUGUAUGGCAAAAUACUAUGUUGGUACAUAUUAUAAAACCUAAUGAAAAAGAAAUUGAAAACCCCAUUAAUUCACAUCAAUUUCCGAAUAUGCCGAAUGCUCCGAAUUACCCUAACCACGCUGAUAUGCCCAAUUAUAAUAAUCAUGAUGACUAUCGAAAUAGUACUCAAAUACCUGCAUCACCUCCAAAACCAGAUAACAACUAUUAUUAUACGCAUAACGGACAUAAUGCUAAUCCAUAUAAUAACAAUUUGAAUACUAAAAUGAAUCCGACACCAAACUACCCCAAACAGACACCGCGAACCAUUCCCUAUCCGACACCACCUGUGACUCCCCAUCUAACACCGCCUAAGACUCCCUAUUCAACACCGCCUAGGACUCCCUAUUCAACACCACCUAUGACUACCAAACCGACAAUCAGUACGACUACUAGUACGACUACUACUACGACAACCAGUACGACUACCAAACCGACCACCAAACCGACUACCAAACCGCCAACGACUACCACUCCCAAACUGACAACAACUACCACUCCCAAACCGACAACAACCACUACUCCCAAACCGACAACCUCUACGACUACCAAACCGACAACGAGAAGGACUACCAAACCGACAACGAAAAGGACUACCAAACCGACAACGAAAAGGACUACCAAACCUACAACGAAAAGGACUACUAAACCGACAACGAAAAGGACUACCAAACCGACAACGAGAAGAACUACCAAACCUACAACUACUACGACUUCCAAACCGACAACCACUACGACUUCCAAACCGACCUCUUAUGUCACUGUUACUCCCAUCUCUAAUACGGCUACCAAAACGACUGCCCUUAUGACAACUGAGAUUAGCAAUGCCAAGAUGACAGUCGAUAAACCAAGUUAUAACGAACCAAGUACAAUGGAAAAUGACUCCUUAUCUCCAUUUACAAACAAAACGAAAUACUAUUUAGCAACAGGCUUUGUGGGAAUAAUAGUUAUUGUAGCUUUAAUAGUAUAUGUAGUUUGUAAAAAACGUCACAAGAAAUCUCCUAAGCAGGAAAAAGUACAAGAAUUGGAAUUGGAAACUUAUGCAACCAGUGCCCUAUUGUAUGCAGAACUUCGAUUGGACCCCGCAAAGAAUACAAGACAAGUGAAUCAAAAUGAAGAAACGUAUGCACAAAUUGUUGGUGUUCUCAAACCGCGAGAAUCUCACGGUCAAAAGUAUUAAGAAAAUUGACCUAUAUAUAACAAAUGCUGAAAACUAGAAUAUAAAUAUUUUAGAUUGCUUCUUUAGAGAAACCUGAUGUUUUAUAAAUUCGAUUCGCACUUGGCUGUUUUUUUUAAUUACUAGCAAUGUACCGCGGCAGUGGCACAUAAAAAGGCCCACGACGGAAAACGACAGUAAGAUUCUGACAGUCCCUCGCCGAUGCUAACCCACAGCGAGAGGGGUCAUUUGAUGAUUUUUGACAUCGUUAAAAAAAUCCCUCCAACUAAACUAAAUAUAUUUGUAUGUUUGUUCAAAGCCUAAAGUCAUAUUUUUAAGCUUACCAUGCUCAUUCCAAAAUUAAUCUAAGAUUCAUACAUCACAUCAACCUACCUCAAUCUGUCAAAAUUCUUCAAUAGAUUUUCAACCCUCUCACAAUAGUGGAAGGUUAAUUUUCGAUUAGUAAAAUUUUACAGAUUCAUGACCUUUGUACCUAUCUUUCAAGCAAGUGACACAUUAAUUCAAUAAUCACCUAGAUUAGUAGAAAUUACUUUUCUUGAUUGGUCCAAUUUUUGCUAUAAG